AUGGGUGUUCCCUCAUUUUUUAGAUGGUUAUCCAGGAAGUACCCUAAAAUUAUCUGCCCUGUGUUGGAAGAAUAUCCUCAAGUAGUUGAUGGAGUCGCAUUACCUAUAGAUUAUGCAUCGCCCAACCCUAAUGGAGAAUUAGACAAUUUAUAUCUAGAUAUGAAUGGUAUUGUCCAUCCAUGUUCUCAUCCUGAAAAUAAACCCCCACCAGAGACAGAAGAUGAGAUGCUAUUGGCUGUUUUUGAAUACACUAAUCGUGUUUUAAAUAUGGCAAGACCACGUAAAGUCCUUCUUAUGGCUGUGGAUGGUGUUGCACCUCGUGCUAAAAUGAAUCAACAAAGAGCUCGUAGAUUUAGAAGUGCCAGAGAUGCUCAAAUUGCUAACGAGGCUCGUGAAGAAGAAUUGAGAGAAAGAGAAAAUUACGGUGAAAUUAUUGAUGACGCAUUGAAGAAGAAGAAAACGUGGGAUUCAAACGCGAUUACACCUGGUACUCCCUUCAUGGACAAAUUAGCGGCUGCCUUAAGAUAUUGGACUGCCUUUAAAUUAGCUACCGAUCCAGGUUGGAAAAAUUUGCAAGUCAUCAUUAGUGAUGCCACAGUCCCUGGUGAAGGUGAACAUAAAAUUAUGAAUUUUAUUAGAUCCCAACGCGCUGAUCCUGAAUAUAAUCCAAAUACCACACAUUGCAUUUAUGGUUUAGAUGCAGAUUUAAUUUUCUUGGGUUUGGCUACCCAUGAACCUCACUUCAAAAUUUUGAGAGAAGAUGUCUUUGCUCAAGAUAAUCGUAAAAGAACAACUUUCAGUGAUAACAUGUCUGAGGAAGAAAAAGAACUGAUAAUGAAAAAAGAUGCGGAAAAACCAUUUCUUUGGCUACACAUCAGCGUAUUAAGAGAAUAUCUUGCUGCCGAAUUAUGGAUCCCUAGACUUUCAUUCAAUUUCGACCUUGAACGUGCUAUUGACGAUUGGGUUUUCAUGUGUUUCUUUUGCGGUAAUGAUUUUUUGCCUCAUCUACCAAGUUUAGACGUUAGAGAAAAUAGUAUUGAUAUUCUUUUAGACAUUUGGAAAGUCAUUUUGCCAUCAUUGAAGACAUAUAUGACAUGUGAUGGCUUUUUAAAUUUAGAGUCCGUAGAGAUUCUCUUAAAACAAUUAGGUGAUCGAGAACCUGAUAUCUUUAAGACAAGAUAUAUUCAAGAAGUAAGAAAACAAGAAGCUUUUGAAAGAAGGAGAUUACAAAAUGGUAAGAAUAUAUCAAAAGGUCAAGAUAGACAUCCUACUAUACCGAAUGAACAAUUGCAAUUGUAUGAUACUUCAGGCAAAUUAGCAGCUGGCUCAUGGAACUUGACUACCAGUGAUAUGGUAAGACUAAAAAAGGAAAUAAUGCUAGCUAAUGAAGGUGAUCCAGACGCAAUCGCUAUAGUAAGAGCACAAAGUGAUAAAAAUAAUGAAUUGGUCAAAAACAUUACCGAAGAAGAAAUGGAAAAAGUUGUCGAUGAAGCUAACAAAAGAAAUUUCAAAGUAGCAGAACUUAUGAAGAAAAAGCUCUCUGCUAGAAAACAUAAACUAGAAGAAGAAGAGCAAAAUGCUGAUAAAGAUGUCGAAGAAGACAAAGAAAACCCAAUGAAAAAAGUUAAGACCGAGGAUGAAAAUUUGACUAAUGAAAUAAAAUCUGAGGUUGAAGCUGCUGUCCAAGAAGAAGAGGACGAUAACGAUGAUGAAUCAAGUGAAGAAAGUGACGUUAAGAACAACAUUGUAAAAAAGAGCGCUGGGUCUAUUAUUUCCAGUGGGGAUAUUACAUCCGGUGUAAUUGACACCGAUGAUAACGUGAAAUUAUACGAAUCAGGAUAUAGAGAGAGAUAUUAUACUGAGAAGUUUCAUAUCUCUAAGGAUGAAAUUGAAAUUGUUAGAAGAGACAUGGUUCGCUCGUAUGUCGAGGGUGUCUCAUGGGUUCUAAGAUACUAUUAUCAAGGUUGUGCUUCAUGGAACUGGUACUACCCCUUCCACUAUGCUCCAUUCGCCUCUGAUUUUUUUGAUAUCAAGGAUAUUAAAGUAGAAUUUGAUUUAGGAGAACCAUUUUUACCAUAUGAGCAAUUAAUGAGUGUUUUACCGGCAGCAUCUGGCCAUACAUUGCCUCCAAUAUUUCGUCCUUUAAUGAGUGAAGCAGAUUCCCCUAUCAUAGACUUCUAUCCCCCAGAAUUCCCAAUUGAUAUGAACGGUAAGAAAAUGUCCUGGCAAGGCAUUGCAUUACUUCCAUUUAUUGAUGAAAAAAGACUGCUUGAAGUUGUGAGGGCACAGUACCCAAAAUUAUCAGACGCUGAAAGAUCAAGAAAUGUUAGGAAAGAGGCUAUUUUACUUAUCAGCAAUAAGAACGUAAAUUAUGAGAAAUUUUCAAAAAAACUAUACCAAAGUGAAGAUCUAGCUGACGAUUUUGAAAUAAAAUUCAGACAUUUCAAGAGUGGUCUCAGUGGUAUUGUUUCAAUUGAUGAAGAAGGCUUUAAGUUAAAUAGUAAACUGUUGUGCCCUCUGGAAAGUACAUCUUUACCCGAGCUAUCAACUAAUCUGUUUCUGAAGGCACUUUUCAAGUUUACGCCGCUGCCUGCAAACAAUAAAUCCGUUAUAUUGAAUGGCUACAUCCCUGCUGAGGCUACAUUGUCUGUAUAUGAUGUAGAUUCAAUCCUCUAUAAAUAUGGUGGCAAUAAUUUCCAAAGAAACAACAGGUUUUUUGGAAACGACAUGAAGAAGAAUGUAGUAAAGGUGGGGCCAUCUGGUACUACGCAAUAUAAACCAAGGGAGGGCGGCUAUCGUUCCUUUUUCUACUUUUCGAAUGCCAAAAAUGCCAACAAUACUAAUAGGAAUGGUAGUUAUAAUAAUGUUCAUCAACAAAGAGGCCAACAAACGAAUUACAGAGGUGCGAGGGACAGUGGCGGAAGUUAUAACAAUGGAUACAUCAAGAACAACUAUAAUAAUCAACAAGGACGUAGGUACAAUAACAACAGUCAUCAAAAUUACAACAAUAAUUCAGAUUACAAUAGGGGUGGUUAUUCAGGCCAAAGCAGAUACAACAACAAUGGUAACUACCAAAACAGUCGUUAUCAGGGCGGUAAUGAAGGGUAUCGACGUUUUUAG